CGCCAAGAUCGCAAAAGUUGAAACAAAAAAGUUGGGGAAUUGAGUCAUAAAAGUUUUCAGUUUUUGUGCCACUGGAUUAUUGACGGCAUGAGACUCGGAUACCGGACAAACAUGAAUAGGCUACGUAGUUGCUUCGUUUUAACCAUUUCAGUUAUCCUCGCUUAUACAUCGUAUAUAACAGAGGUUAAGGCACUACCAACCGAAAGCUCAUCAAAUCCAUGGCCUAGUUUCCCUCGCAGAAAUGUAGCCGCUCUUGCCAGGGAUGGGUAUCUCAAAAGCGUUGCUAAUGGUUACAAACGAAGUAUUUCAACAUUAGCCAAGAAUGGUAUGCUUCCUACUUAUAGGGCUCCUUACAGCGAUUCAGACAAACCAGAGCAAGAAGAUGAAGAAUCGCACGAAAAGAGAAACUUAGCGUCUAUAGCCCGCCUUCGAAGUUAUUCGGCAAUGAAGAGGAACAUCCAAGCAUUGGCUAGAGAUGGCUUCCGCUUUGGAAGAACCCAAUACGGUCAGCCAAAUGAUAAACGUAACAUUGCUGCUCUGGCACGAAAUGGAUUGAUUCAUAAACGGGACGAAUUAGCGGGAGACGAAUAUUAUUAUCCAUUUUACCAGAACUCUGUGCCACCGCUCUCCGAAAUGGAUGGGCCGCUUGACUUCAACGAAAUAUACGAUUAUCAACAAUCCAUCAAUCCAGAUGUAUAUCCACCAUUGCAACAAGUAUUCAAAAGAAGCGACGCCGCAUCAAUUGAUUACAUGAAUAAAUUUGAGAACGAUGCUGACGAUGCUAAUUGGUACUUUAAAAGAGGAGUAGUUGGUAUGCCCGUACAUGGAUUAUAUCGACCGAUGUUCAUUGAUUCCAAUAGCCCAAGAAACAAACGAUCAAUUUUUUCAAUUCCCGAUGUAAUUGAUCGUAAUGAUAUUACCCUGGAUACCGAGGAUUACGACACUGGCAAUGAUGAUAAGCGAUCUGUUGAUGAAGAGAUGCUUGAAAAUUUCGAAAAACGUCAUAUUGGUUCCUUAGCUCGGUUAGGUUGGUUACCGUCAUUUAGAUAUUCGGGUGGACGGUACAGUAGGUCUGGAAGGGGUCGAUUUCUAUUCCCUAAUCAGAUGGAAAGGAAGCAUUCCUAUGACGAGAAUUUCGGGUCUCGGGAAUAUCUCGUUGAUUCCGAAGCUAGCACACUCGUCGAUCCAAACGACGCCGACAUACCGUCGCCGCCAGUAUCUGCUCACUCGCACCCGACCGGCCGGUACCUCCACAGAACGCUAAACGACCUCCCCAACGAUAUCCCCAACUCAAUGUCUUCCGCCACAUCACACGCGAAACCUUCCACCGAUCCAUUCACCAAAAACCGCUGGCCACACAAUAAAGCAGCACCAAAGUUCUACUACUUUCGAUCGCUGAAAGUGCCAUACCAUUCGUCAGGAAAACGAUAUCUAUUACUACCCGCGGUAGACAAUAUCCUCUUGAGGAAAACCUACAACAAUAGUUUGCCGAGCCGACGUAAAAAUCAGUAGCUAUGCCGCUGUCCGCUGGGUGAAGCUAAGAUGCGAUCGCCUUAAGAAGUUAAAGGGAGCACAAAAUAAUUUUUCGAUUUGCACACAAAUAGGAAGAUAAUUGAAGUGCUCACUUUUACUUCUUGUCACUAAUAUCUUAUUCACGCCAACGGAUAUUUUGGAAAUAUAUUAAUAUUGUAUAUUAAAACACAAUAUCAUAACGGGAUCAUGGAUCAAAAUUAAAAUAGACAAUAAAGUAGAUAAUAAUUAUUUUCUCAAUGUUGUGAUUAUGACCUAAUAUUACGUUCAGAUUUAAG